ACCUAUACUAUACGGGAAAGCGUUUGGAACCGAGGCUGUACAUGGCGCAGUGUUCUAGCAAGGAAACGUAUAUCGCUGCUAUAGCAAGAGCCAAGAAAGAGCUAGAACACGAUUGUUUUGUUGAUAAUAUGCUGGUAAUAAUGAACUUUUGUAAAGAGAUAAUCCGACAUCCAGAAAGGACGAUGGAUGCUGAUCCAGCUCUACUGUCAAUGAGGCCGCAAGUUACGCUGUUGCUGUACGAGUUGGGAGGUGAACAGAAUAAAGGAGUUAUUCAGCUGCGUCCAUCUCAAGCAAGACAAGAUGUUGCAAUAGCUAUUCUUGCUGCAGCUUCAGCAUUUUCAGAUUUGUCUCACUUGUAUGGAACAGUUACCGAUCAAGAAAUAUCAAAAGAAGAUUCGAGAAUGGUUAAUGUUGCAUCUACCUCUGUUAGGAGUCUGCAGGAUACUGCACAGUCUGAAACACAAUACAGAUUGCCACAGUUGACUUCUGUGGUUGAUGCUGGCAGUGCAUUUGAAAGAGCAGCCAAUUCUAGGAAACAUAGUAUUAUUAUGGCACCUUCUGGCCAGCUUGAAUCUUUAGGCAGUAUUGAUGUCAUGUCUCAGAGAGAUGAAAAGAAGUUGAAAGACACUGCAAUAUAUGCAGCAGGUCCAGCAUUAUCUGUACGUGAUAGUCAUUACGUUGCAGCAGGAACCAAUCCUAAAAUGGAAGUUCAUCAGUAUACAGUUUUGACAGAAUCACUUGUGGCUAGUUUGAAAGGCAUUUGUUCGUUACAAGGCUGUCACAAAAUAGUGAUAAUGCAGAAUUUUGCAUUUCAUUUGUUUUUCUUGACUACUAGGAUGCCUUUCCAGGUUUUAGGUGCACAAUGUAAUGAGCUGAGACGAGAGUAUAUGGUAGGUGAUAUUAGAGAGUUAUGCGUCAUGGUCAUCAAGUAUACAGAGGCAGCAGCCACCGCACUGCGGUUAUGGCAACAAGAUCUCAGUUCACAAGGCAAUAUUAUCUCUACUCAGUCUGUCUUAUUAAAAAGGGUGUACGACAAGUACGUUUCAAUUAAGAAGUUGGUGCAACAGAGUUUGGAAGCUGUAAAGAACACGUCACUUAUGCCAGAUGGGGGUACACAGCUAUAUUGUUUGAUCUUCCAACAGAAGGAUGAACUUGCACAAGAACUGCGAAUUUACUUUCAGUCAUCAGCAGUAGAAAAUUAUCUGUCUUUCAUAUUUGAAUUUCAUUGGCAGUUGGCAUGCUUGAAUGCUAAAUGGAGUCUUGCACUUCCUUCGAGGAUGUACAGAAUGGCAACUACAUCUGAACAGCAAAUUGAAAAACAUGAAGCAAACAAUUUUUUGAGAUUGACAAGAAGAGUGCCGCAAAUUUUUACACCAAUUUAUAUACAAGGUUUACAAGGGGCUCGCUAUCUAUUCAGUUUACUGAAUGAUGAUGGCCAGUUGGAUUUACAUCAGUUCACAAUGCAACUGUGUUACGUCAGAUGGCUGAGUGAUAGCAUGAAGUCAAACUUGACCAUUCCAGACACAGACACAGUGAAUUUUCUAGAAUUACGUGUUCCUACAUCACCCCUUGAUGAUCACACGUAUUCUGUUCUUGUGACAAAUGGCAUGCAUACAAUAGAUGAUCUUCAAGCAGAGAAUAUACCUCGAGGUAUGAUAGCUUCGACUGAACAGGACAGUGAAUUGGAGUUGGUAUUGGAAAUGUCUAGAAAGGAGCAACAAUCUUAUUGUCAGCUUGACACUGAAGAAGAGCUUGAUAUAGCAUUAGCGUUAUCUGCAAGUGAGGCAGAACAUAAUCAGUUGUCUAAAGCAUUGAUCACUAGCCAAACUGAGGCUGCUGGCGGCACUACUUAUUCCCAACAAAGAGUAAGACAAGCACUACACGCAGGUGCGGAACAUGUAUGUGGAUCAGCUAUACAGACUUUGGAGUCAAGACGCAGCAGUAUCAUGUUUGGCAAUGACAGUGGAUUUGAGACUGAUCAGCCAUUUGCCUGCACUUUGCCUACCUAUGAAUUACCAAGACAGCAGGAAGAUAGGUCAACAGCACAAUUUCACGUUUCUGAAUCAUCUUCGGUUGUAUCUAAUGGCUCAUCAAAUUUGUUGCUUAACAAGCAAUCACAACAAUCACACUUGCUACCUGUGAUAGUACAAACUUCUGGUUUUGAUCAAUCAUCUGUGGAGAUGAAGCAAAAAGAUUUCAAAUCUGAAAAUCAUACUUCAAGAAGUAGUCAAUCGUCUUGUGCGAAUCGUGAUCGCUUACUAAGCCAACUGUCAGUUUUAACAAAGCAGUGUGAAGGUAAUCCAGAAUUAGAUGAUGAUACAAGAGAUAUUGCAGAAGCUGUCAGUAAGAUUGAACGUCGUUUACAAACUGAAAGAAAGCUUUCUGACCUGGAUAGAAGUUUUUUAGCUAGCUUAGUCGUCAAAUAUGGUGACCAACAAAUUCUAGCUGAUGCUUUUCGAGAAAUUUUGAAAACUCAGAAUCUGAAUCAUGAUGACGUAAUGAAACUGUGCCAAGCAUUAACUAUCAACACACAGGAUAAAACAGAUGAACAACUCAGAGAUGAUAUAUUAGCAAGGGAAAGUACUGCAUAGCAAUCUAGAGCUGCAUACAUCUCAGAAAUAAGAUUUAUGUAGCAAAUUGAUUACCAGUACAAUUUUAUUAGUUAUUAGUAGAUCCAUGUAUUGUAAACAAACUUAAAUUCAUUCAAUGUACUGUAUGUGCUUCUGUACAUCUUGACUGAAUUCCCAGGAGGAGAA